UUGCAGAAGUUUUUGAAUAUUUCUAACUUAAACCAAAUCGAAGUCUUCCUCAUUGGUCUUAACAUUUUAGAAUCAGUAGACAAGAACACUAUAUCAAGAACAGGAGAUAGAAGUUGUCAAUUUCUAUGUCAUCCUACAAAUUUGAUCACAUUUGGUAUUUAUUAUGAUACUAUUUCUAACCAAACGAAAGUAACAGAAUUGAAUAAGCAUAUGUUUAAUAGUACAAUAACUAAUGUAAAUAAUGCGACCUUACCAUAUUUAAAUACUAACGAAACUGUUCUACCUGCUCAUAUAUUUUUAUAUCGUGGUAUAAUACUCCAUUUAGUUGUCUUCCAUAAAAGAGGUGAAGAACAGUUUCUGUGGACAGAUAAAAUAGACUUCCAAGGUUUAAAAAAGCCUCAUUUUGUGAAUCUGAAUUUUGUAAACUAUGGACAAUUUCCAGCUGCUUUUGAUUAUUUUGAAAAUUCUGUAUUUAUAUUAGAUGGAAUCAAACUAUUACAUCCAUCAAAUAUUCCCUUAUUUCUCCAGCAAGUAGAACAUUCUCAAUUUGUUGAGUGUAAUCAUUCGUAUGCUCAAAUCCAUCGUUCUAAAUACCCUAUGAAAGACCCACAAACAGCUGCAAAUUUCAGCUCAACUGGAAAGUUAAUUCUGAAACAUGUCAAGAAAACCUUAGACCAUAUUAAUGUGCCAUUUCAAUUAAAUGGUGGAACUUUAUUGGGUUGGUAUAGGCAAUGUGAAUUAGACUAUCAGAUGAAAGAUGUGGAUAUUGAAAUAUUUCACAAAGAUUAUACUAGAAAGAUACCUUCAGCAUUAGAUAAUGGUACUUUACAUAAAAUGUAUCGUUUUGGGAAGGAGAAUGAUAGCUUAGAAUUUUCAUUUUCGUUUAACUCUGUAAAGCUAGAUAUAUUCAUUGUAUAUGAGGAUAGUGAUUAUUUUUGGGUUGGUGGAGUUGAAACUGGCAAUUUACAAAAAUAUAAGUUUAUUUAUCCCAAAUAUUCCCCGUGUAGAGCUGAAUUUAUUGGAGUUUUAGUCAGAGUACCAUGUGAUGUUUUAUCAUCACUGAAGACAAAUUAUGGUGAUAAUUUUCUGGUGCCUACAUAUGAUUUUCAGUGGGCUUCAAGUCCUACAAAUAUCUUUAAGAAUGGAGGUUGGAAAGAGUCAGAAAGAAAUGAAGUCGUUCAAAUUUUUGAUAUUUAA